UUUCUGGCUUCGAGACUUUCUAUACACAGUACUAUAUGGCAUUGACAAACGUAUGAAAUCGAACGUCGAACGUCGUCGUCAUCAUUGUGUCGUCGUCGUUGUGUUGAAAAACCUUCGUCCAAUUCGAGAAAUCAACGUCAACGCGUGUACGUCUCUCGCUUACGCGCGUCGGUUCAUUAACCGUCAUUACUGGCGCGAAAUUCAAAUUGACGCUCGCCUUUACGUUCGAAAAAUGAAGGAUGCAAUUCAGCCGAAAGGAACUAACAGCAUAAACAGUACUAAAACUAAACCAUCGUUAGAGAUUUAUCGACCACCAGGUGGAAGAACGGAAGGAACAACGGCGAACGUCACUAAUCCACGAUUAAACGUACAUGCUAAGGAGUUCACUAUGAAGCAGAACGAUUCGCAUCCAUCUAAGUCUCGGACGAAUGCUUCAGAGCGUACCCCGUAUUAUCUACAGCACAGCAAAUCGAGUGGGAACGUUCAUCGAUACCUCUACGCUCAGCAACAACAGCAACAGCAACAACAACUGCAUCAUCCUUUGCAUCAACAGAGACAUUCUCAUGGUAGCCAUCAUUCGAGCUCAUCGAGACAGGGACAUCCUUUAGAAAUGGUUGCUUCCAGCGGAAGUAUCUUACACGGUACAAAUAGAGUUCACUUUAACGUGGAUCAAAACGAAGGCAAAUCUAGCACACCAAAAGUAGGAAGACUUACGAAGUCUUUAUCCUUCGUGUCCACUUACGGUUUGAAACGUUCGAAAAGUCUGAACGCUGCUGAUGCUCUCGCUGCUAAAGCAAUUAAUAUCUCUGAUGCCUCGGAAUUAGGAAAGUUUCCAGGCCCUGUUCAGGACACCCUUUUAAGAGCCAUCGAUGAUCCAAAUCUAUUGAACGCACGGUCGCUUAUGGAACUCGUACGACAUAUAUUAGAACGGACCGUUGAAAAUCGUCGAUAUGCGGAACCAGCGGCAAAGAUUUGCAUUACUAUAAUAGAGAAAGAAAGCAAGGAGACCUUCUUGGAAUCUCUCUUGAACAUAUGUCAACAAUGGUACCAAGAUCGUGCGAGAAUACUUCGAGACGAAUCAGGUUGUCACCGUUACUCGGCCUUCAUGAUGUUCCUCAACGAGAUGUACUGUCAGCUGAAACGACGGCAACUUCAACUCAAGACGCAACAAGAAGGAGUACCGCCAGGCCGUGUGCUUCUCACAUUACUCUGGAAAUGUUGUCAGGAUUGUUUGCAACCACCGGUUGUAAAUUCUCUCGCUGAGACGGAUUGUCUCUUCUUCAUUCUCACCUGCAUCGGCAAGGAUCUUGAUGCCGAGUUACCUGCACAACUUCAACAACUUCUUGGAAGUCUACGAGACGCUUUCCUAGCCGACGAGACGACUCUUCCAUCCGUGAGGAAAACGCUUUUACAAUUGAUUGAACUCCAUGCCGCUCAUUGGCAAUUACCAGCGCCAGCAGUCGUCUACUAUUAUCCUGGAUCGACUUCCAAAUGAUCUUUGUUCUUUUUUUUCGAUCCAUCCAUCCAUCCAUCCAUCCAUCCAUCCAUCCAUCCAUCCAUCCAUUGGUCUUCACAUUUCUUUGUGUGUCCUGCGUUGUCGGCGCUCGAACUCGCGUACGUGCGUUUAUUCACGUUUUAUUUUUUUCUACUCGAUUGAAAAAGUUUUCACGGAUUGAUUCUUUUAACGGACCAUUCGCUCUCUCUCUCUCUCUCUCUCUCUCUCUCUCUCUCUCUCUCUCACACACUCAUUUCCUAUUCU